AUGGGCGCCUGCUGUUCUAGACGAAAUAUUUUAAACGAAGAUGGUUCGAAGUUUCGUUACCUUGAUGGUAGACGAUAUCAUAAUAUCUCUAAUUCAGAGUAUCUGGGUCCGAAUGAUGAUGAAGAGGCUGAUCGUUUAAUACGAUAUCAUGAAUCGGUGAAAGAGCUGUGGGGCGGGUUGUUCCAUUCACCGGUUGAAGAGAAAUUGAAACAGGGAGCUAAAGUUCUCGAUGUUGGAUGUGGAACUGGAACAUGGCUUGUGGAUAUGGCGCAAAAUUAUCCCAAAUCUCAAUUCGUAGGAAUCGAUUUCUCGCCAAUUUUUCCAACAGAAGGUCUUCCGGAAAAUUUAAUAUUCGUCAAUUGUAAUUUUCUGGAUGGUUCACCUUUCGAAGAUUCCUAUUUUGAUUUUGCACACCAAAAAUUCAUGACUGCAUCUUUCACAGAAAAACAAUGGGAACAAAAAGUUAUUCCUGAAUUUUUACGAAUAGUCAAAUCAGAUGGAUGGAUUGAAAUGGUGGAAACUGAUAAUAAUAUGGUAUCUAAUGGAAAGGCUACACAACGUAUUGCAAACGCUAUCAAAAAGUUAUAUAAAGAAAAAGGUCUGAAUUAUCAAAUGGGUGAAUCUCUUCCUAAUCUGCUUAAAAACACCGAUUCUUUCUCGGAAAUUAGAAAUGAAAAAAAAUCUAUUACUUUUGGUAGAAAAGGUGGUAGCAUCGGUCAAGAGACGCUAAAAUUUUAUACAAGAAUCUUCAGCUCUGUCAGGAUCUUUAUGUCUAUCUCGAUGAAUGUUACGCCUGAGCAUUAUGAUGCUCUUAUAGAAGCGGUCUCUAUCGAAGCAGAAAGAUGUAACACAUAUAGUAAUCAACAUCGAAUUUGCGGUCAUAAAAGUUAA